AUGACGAAUACGACGAUGGCGGACGAAAACGAAGAGGACCACGGCGACGACAACGAUGACGACAACAUUGACAACAAAAAAGAUGACGAUGUCGACGACAGCGAAGAAGACGACAAUGGCGACGACAAUGACGACGACAACGAAGAAGACAACGAUGACGACGACGAUGUCGACGAGGACAACGAUGACGACGACGUUGACGACGAUGAUGACGACGAUGACGGCGAGGAAGAGGACGAUGGCGAUAAUAAUGAUGAUGGCGACGACAACGAAAAAGACGACGACAACGGAAGAAGACAACGAUGACGACGACGAUGUCGACGAGGACGACAACGAGGACGACAACGAUGA